AUGAUGCUCAUAUCCUCUAUAAAUUUCGACAGUGACAAAAUUUCAAACCUUAAUUUUUUACUGGAUCUAAUAAAUUAAAAAAUCAAUAUUUGCAUUUUUAUUUUCUUUAUUUAUCAAUUCUUAAAUAAUCAUCAUGAAUAUAGAUCAUUAGAUCCAUAAUCAUAGAGAAAAUCGAAAUAAUUAACAUUAGAUUAAGUAUUAGUUUUGUAAACACCAAUAAAUAAUUCAAUCUGUGAAUUAUCUCAUGGAAUUGAAAUAAAUUUUGGAUAGAAAGAACUACUGGAUAAUAUAAAUGAAGGAGUGAUAAUGGCAAGAUUCUUAUCACCAGAUGAGAAAAUAAGCAAUUUGUCUUUUAAAUUUCAGAAUGCAGCCGCUUAAACAAUGUUCGGUAAGGAAAAUGAUGAACUACCAUUAUUUUUGGAUUCAUUAGAGUGUGAAAUUCCAAUAGAAUCUUGCUAAUCCUAAUAAAAUUAUGCUAGUACCUCUCCACCUCAUUAAGAUAAAUCAGAUUAUUAAAAGAAGCUAUUUGUAUCUUAAUCAAAUUUUGGAUUUAGUCUAUAAGAAAAAAAGUCUUUUUCCCCUAACUCAAAAAUACCAUUUUUUUAAUAACAAUAAAAUUCUGAUAGUGUAGUUCAAGUAAAUUAAUAGAAUAUUCCUUAGUGCAAAACAGUUUAUUAACAUUUGAUUUAGUAUGUGAAAUCUAAUAGAGCUUGUGUAGAAAAUGAUACACAAUGUGAACCAUUAAAAUUAUCUUGUACUUAUGAGGAUAACGGCAAAUAAAAAUCCAUAGAGUUUAUUUGUAUAUUGGCUCAAUGCAAAUAGAUCAUAAUUAUAACUAGGGAUAUAAUUUAUUUGAAUUAAUUAAAAGAGCUUCUUUAAGUAAAUUAAUAGAAAUCUAACAUGCUUAAUUAUGUGAGUCAUGAAUUUAGAACUCCUUUAAAUUGCAUUAUUAAUAUUUUAUCAAGUGUAUUACAUAAGGUUUAAGUUAAUUAAGAUUAAUUGUUACAUAUAGCUUUGGAAAGUUCUUAACAUCUUUUAAAUUUGGCUAAUGAUUUACUUGAUUUAGCUUAAAUAAAGAACAAUGUUUUUAAUUUAACAAAUGAAUAGUUUAAUGUCUGUUAAUUAGCAUAAUUGUGUUUAGGUUCCUUUUAAAUUUAAGCUGCAGCAUAAAAUGUAAAAAUAUCUUUAGAAGCUACUUCAGAAUAAUUAUUUAUUAAAUCAGAUAAGAAUAGAAUCAAAUAAAUAUUAAUUAAUUUGAUUGGAAAUGCUCUUAAAUUCACAUAUGAUGGUAAAAUUGAAAUAGUUUUAAGACAGUAUGAUUAAUUUAUAGAUAUUGGUGUAAGAGAUACAGGAAUAGGAAUUUCAUAAGAAAAUAUUAGUAAAUUAUUUAAAGCUUUUGGUAAAGUGGAUAAUGAUAAAUCAAAAUCAAUGAAUUAGUAAGGAGUUGGAUUAGGAUUACUUAUUAGUAAUAAAAUUGCAAAGUAAUUAAGUGCUGACAAUUAAGGUAUCAAAGUAUAAUCAACAGAAAUGAAAUAUGAAAAUCAUGGUUCAUAUUUUUACUUUACUGUUAAAAUAGAAUCACAUCGAUAACAUAAAUUGUUAAGUUAUAAACCCCCCCAAAAAUAAAUUAAUUUAUCUUCUCCUUUUAUUCCAUCUGAAGGAACAUAAAAAAAAAAAUCAUUCACAUAUACAAGCAUUGAAUAAAGAUUAAGUCCUGAAAGAAUUAAAGAAACAAAAUGUUUCCAUAUAUUGAUUGUUGAUGACAAUGUUUUUAAUCUAGCUGUUUUAGGAAUGAUGAUUAAUGAAUAUUUUUAAAAUGAAAUUUACUUAUAACUAUCUGUAGAGAAAGCAAAUAGUGGAACUUAAGCUAUCGGACUAGCUUUUUUUAAGUGUAAUGAAAACUGUUAAGGGUUUUCAUUAAUAUUUAUGGAUAUGGAAAUGCCAGGAUUAAAUGGAAUUGAUGCUUCAAAAAUUAUUUUAGCAAAAAAUUUCUAAUAAAAAAUUAUAAUUUUAACUGGGUAAAAUUUAAUUUGAUUGUUAGUAAUAACUUAAAUCAAUAAGAAAUCCAAGAGUUAAAAUCAAUUGGAAUAUUCGACUACAUUAUGAAGCCAAUAGAAAAAGCUAAGUUAUAAAGUAUUCUUGAAUAGUUUAUUACAGAAUGA